AUGCGAGCUUCUCUAUUCAAGUUCUCCACUAUUUUGAUACAGUCAAGAUCGGUCACCGUGAGAAAGAUGGCCCAACAAAAUGCUGCCGUUUCCGUGGAUAAGAAUGGUAACAUAGUUCUGAGGAUAUUAGCAAAACCUGGAGCGAAAGUUAGUGCUGUGACAGAUGUUGGUGAGUCUGAAAUCGGUGUAGCUAUAGCUGCUCCACCUCGUGAGGGAGAGGCAAACGAGGAGUUGGUGGAUUAUAUGCGUGGGGUUCUUGGUCUGAAGAAGAGCGAACUAUCUCUUGAUAAGGGUGGGAAAUCACGCUCGAAGACCCUGCUUAUCACGUCAUCUCGGAUAUCAUCAGAACAAGUUGUUUCCAAACUGCAAGCAGCUGCUGAAUCAUAG